CAGAUCCCCGCGCCGAGCCAUGUUAUAGGAAAUCCGCUUGCGGCGGAUUAUUGUAAUCCGACAGCGGGUCUGGACGACACAUCGGAUCACGAUAAAAAGCCAAAGCGCAGCGGCCUGUGACAGAUGCAGCUGCUCUGACAAUCAAAGGAUCACGUCGGGAUAUGAUCUGAGGCGCGGCGCCGUGUUCCUGCAGCCAGAGGUCGGUGCUGCCCCGGGCCGCUUCAUCCGACGCGCACACACGGUGACAGCGGCGCGGCAUUUCUGCACCGCGGCGCCGAGAAACGGCUUCAAUUAGCUGGACAGAAACGCUGCCUCCGCCGGCCCCUUCCUCCCAUCCUCCCCGGGGUGAGUCCAGCUGAGUGCGGCUGUCCUCCCCGCCGCUCCGCUGCUAGCGCGGCUAGCCCAGCCCAGCUAGCCUGCUAGCUGCUGAGGAAUCUGUCCAGUUCGGAUCAUCGGGUUCGGCUCCGCGUCCCGCAGGCAGCCAGCAGAGAGGAUGUCGGCCAAAGAGCAAAACAAACUAUCUACUGUGGACCGGCCCAUCAAAGCGGUGCCGUAUCCCCCCGGUACGCGCCUGUCGGUCAAAGACCUGUAUGCAGAUGGGAAGCCCAGCCUGGAACUGCUGAAGGCCCAUCUGGUGAAGGAGGGUCGGCUGGAGGAGGAGGCGGCCCUGCGGAUCAUUAACGAGGGCGCCAGCAUCCUGCGUAAGGAGAAAUGCAUGCUGGAGGUGGAAGCUCCCAUCACAGUGUGCGGGGACGUCCACGGCCAGUUCUUUGACCUGAUGAAGCUGUUUGAGGUGGGUGGCUCACCCAGCAACACCCGCUACCUGUUCCUCGGGGACUAUGUGGACCGAGGCUACUUCAGCAUCGAGUGUGUGCUGUACUUGUGGGCUUUGAAGAUCAACCACCCCGACACGCUGUUUCUCCUCAGAGGGAACCACGAGUGCAGACAUCUCACAGAGUAUUUCACAUUUAAGCAGGAGUGUAAGAUAAAGUACUCUGAGGAAGUGUAUGAUGCCUGUAUGGAGGCGUUUGACUGUCUGCCCCUGGCGGCGCUCCUGAAUCAGCAGUUCCUCUGUGUACACGGAGGUUUGAGCCCUGAAGUCACCUGCCUGGAUGACAUACGCAAGCUUGACCGCUUUAAGGAACCGCCAGCGUUUGGGCCCAUGUGCGACCUGCUCUGGUCGGACCCGGGGGAGGACUACGGCUCAGAGAAGACCCAGGAGCAUUUCUGUCACAACAGUGUGCGGGGCUGCUCUUAUUUCUACAGCUACCCGGCCGUCUGCGACUUCCUGAUGAACAACAACCUGCUGUCUGUAAUACGCGCUCAUGAAGCCCAGGAUGCAGGCUACCGAAUGUACAGGAAGAGUCAGACGACAGGCUUCCCAUCUCUGAUCACCAUCUUCUCUGCUCCCAACUACCUAGAUGUGUACAAUAACAAAGCUGCGGUGCUGAAAUAUGAGAACAAUGUGAUGAACAUCCGUCAGUUCAACUGCUCUCCUCACCCCUACUGGCUGCCAAACUUCAUGGACGUCUUCACCUGGUCCCUGCCCUUCGUCGGGGAGAAAGUGACGGAGAUGCUGGUGAACGUUCUGAAUAUCUGCUCUGACGACGAGCUGAUGUCCGAAGGGGACGACACGUGUGAGGGUGGAGCUCCUGCUGCCAGAAAGGAGGUGAUCAGAAACAAGAUCCGGGCCAUUGGGAAGAUGGCGCGCGUCUUCUCUGUGCUCAGGGAGGAGAAUGAGAGCGUGCUUCAGCUGAAGGGGCUCACCCCCACAGGGACGCUGCCCCUGGGCGUUCUGUCUGGAGGGCGCCGCACUCUGCAGAGCGCCACCGUAGAGGCAGAGGAGGCACGAGCCAUUCAAGGCUUCAAUCCGCAGCAUAAGAUCCAGAGCUUCGAGGAGGCGCGGGGGCUGGACCUGAUCAACGAGAGGAUGCCCCCCCGCCGCGACAGCAAGCAGCACGAAGGCCCCCCCUCCCUCAACAACCUGCCCGCCGGCACCGGGCCCCCAGACAAGAACGGCACCAGCGCCCAGCAGGCCUAGCUCCUCUCUGGCUUCUCUUCCUCUCCUCUGUCCUUCCUCGCUUCCUUUUCCUCGGCCUCCAUCCUCCCGUCAGAGCUGGGGGGAGGGGGGGCGGAGUCAGUCCGGUCUGAGUGCUUAUUUAUUUUCUCAUGGAGUAAAUAUCAGAGUACGGAGACGGAACCGAGGAAAUCUCGACCAGGACUGGAUGCUUGCUGGCCCCAACGGCACACCUCUGGGCCGGCCGUCUGUCUUUGCUUUUUUUUUUCUUUUUUUUUUAUACCAUUGGGGAAGAAGUGAUGCUCGUUCAGAUGCUGUAUUUGUCUGCAACGCACACACACACACACACACACACACACACACACACACACACACACACACAUUCAUCCAUUGUUUCUAUGCCAACAAUAGUGUGACUGAGCUCUGCAGAGCGAGUAUUGACAUUUAUACUGUAUAUGGAUGUUUUAACUUCCUGCUUUUCAAUGUGAUGGGUUUUUGUUGUUUACUUUUUUACAGCACACAAAAAGAUUAAGGGGGGGGGGGGGUCCUGGAGCUCCCCCCUAAUUUAAGGAGGUGGAAUGAUAAAGACUGAAAAAAAGCCCUGAUUAUUAGAGGCUUUUAUUCAGACUUUUCCCUGGUUGGCGCCCUGCAUGGGUUUCCACUCCUCCUCCAGUUUCUGCUAAACCGACAGAAACUUUUCCAGGAAGGUGUUCUGUAUCAUAAUAAAUUGUUCCCAAUUAAACCUUUAGCUUAAAAUUUCCAAACAAUCCUGGAAAAACUGUUAAGUAUCCAAAGAUGUUUAAUUGCUCAUUAAAAUCUAAAAGCAAAAAUGUGUAAAAAAUAUUAGUAAACCAAAGAUGGAAUAAAGAGCUUUAUUCCUCUCUGAGGCUGAACCAUCUAAAUAAAGCAGAUCCUGAAGGAGCGAUCGGUCCAGCAGUGACGACUUUAAUGAAACCUGCUGGUCCUCCAGCUCAGAGCUUUAAUUGGCAAAAAAAAAACAAGUUUACCAAUGAAUUGACUUGAGAAGCAGGGUUUAGUCCAGACUUGGCAGUUGGACGGGCCUCAGAACAUCUCACAGGUUGUGGGUUUGUUUUUCUUUACAGAUACAUUUUCAUGCUCUUUUUUUUUUUCUUGUUUUGUUGUUUAUGUUCUGCAAGGCCUCUCAUUCAUGUAGACGUUUCACUCCAUUCAAUAAAAAAAAAA